AUGGACCAUUUCAAAGUCCGCCUGGAUUGCGUAGACAAUUAUCAAGCCACCCCAACGAAGUUCGAUCCUGUCCUUCGUAGUAAUGUCAGCCCUUCGCAACUACAUAAGGAGCCAAAAGUUCCAGUAGUAAGGGUUUUUGGUGCCACCGAAACCGGGCAAAAGGUUUGCGCUCAUAUCCAUGGCGCGUUCCCAUAUCUGUACAUUGAGUACACUGGAAGUCUUGACGCGGACGAUGUUGGUGCUUUUAUCUACCGCCUUCAUCUUUCGGUCGAUUAUGCUCUUGCGGCCAGCUAUAGGCGCAAUGUCGCUGAUGGGAAGGCGAAAUUCGUUGCCCGUAUCACGCUAGUCAAAGGGAUUCCGUUCUACGGCUUCCAUGUGGGAUACAGUUAUUACCUGAAAAUAUACAUGCUGGAUCCCAUGGUCAUGACCCGACUUGCAGACCUUUUGCGGCAAGGAGCUAUCAUGAAACAGGUGAUCCAGCCAUAUGAAGCUCAUAUUCAGUAUCUGCUGCAAUGGAUGACGGACUAUAAUUUAUACGGAUGUGGAUAUAUUGAUUGCCGAAAGGCGACAUUUCGUAGUCCACUGCCGCAGUAUGAAGAAAUGAGCAACUCGUUCCAUCGCUGGCAUGAUCACUCAAUACCUCCGCAAUUAGUGACAGAUGAGUCCGAACUCCCGAGAGCCAGCCAUUGCUCAAUAGAGGUGGAUAUCUGUGUCCAAGACAUUUUAAACCGGCGGGAGAUUAAGCAGCGACACCUACAUUAUGACUUUAUAGAACGGGUUAGUCCAAUUCCUGCGGACGAGAAGCUGGUGCACAGCAUGGCCGAACUUUGGAGAGAUGAAACGCGCCGGCGGAAAUCCAAGAUGUCCAACGCAUCUCCUGGGGACAGCCCCUUCCCGCCCGAAGACAUGAUCUCGAUGUCUGCUGAUUCUCGAAAUUCCCAGCCUGGCGGAUGGAUCCAUGAAGAAGAGUACAGGGAGAAGCUUAUGUCGCUCAUUAUGGACGAGAGAAACAGUGGCGAUGGCGUUGGUAUCUCAUUUGAUACCUUUGUCAAGCAGACAGCAGAUGGUUCAACUGUGACAACGUGUCUGGAUUCGGCGGAGGAUCUUUAUCCAGAGAACUUACGCCAGGCCCUUGGAUUAGCACCUGGAACAGCAAUGAAUAUCAGCUAUGACAGUAAUGACAAAGAAGGGAAAAUAGUAGAUGAGGAACGUAUUGUGGACUUCCACAGUGAUAUCGAUGAAGAUGACUCUCCCUACGGGUCUGACGAAGAUAUUAUGCAAGAAGUUGAGUUUGCCCAGAGGAAGCAGGAGGAUCUAGUGGAGAAACGACAUCUACAAUCCCCGGAUCUGCUGAAGUCAGAACACGAUAUUGAUGACGAGUCCCGCCCAGGAGGCGACCAAUAUGCAGUGCAAUUUUUAGAUCCCAGUGAUCCGACCAGCCUAGAUUCUAUGCUGUCCUCGCAAGAAGGAGUUUUACUUAAAGAGAAACAGAAGAAGGACACGAAGCGGUCGCUAUAUCCUGAGUUGGGUGAAACCCCCUCUGUGAAGCGUCGAAGAUCGUCUUCGAGCCAUCAUCUUUCUACUAGUUCUCAUCGAGAAUCAAUUAGCUCCGGAAUAAACCCCAAACUAUCUUCUGCUGGUAUUGUUAAUAAAGGGAAUUCCGGCGCACCCAUCCCACAUCCAACCAAGAAUGAAGUUCUUCGACGGAGCAGCAGGUCCAAGUCUAUACAAACCAUCGUGAGUGGUUUGAAUGCAAACCCCAUUACUAUGCCUCUGUCACAGGAAACAUCGAAGUCAAACCAGGGAUUCUCGACGCAGUCCUUACGAUUUCCUGUAGUCAAAGACCCCCAGGAUCCAAGCACCAUCUUAAGGCUAAGCCAAAAAAGUUCUUCUCAACACAAUCCUGCAGAUAAAACUCGCGUUUCAUUUCAUACGUUUGGAUCUCUUUCCGAGGAGGCAACUAAGCUAACCACACCACGAACUCCAAAUACCAAUACCAACUCUCUAGAUCCAUCUUAUAAACACUCUAGUGGAUCUGGGAACUUGCUAGUCACAUUUGGGGCGCUACAAAAAGGAGACUUCCUGGUUUAUCCUCAGCUCCCGCCUUCACAGGAUUCGAUAGCGUCAACCAUGGAAGAAUUCGGUCUCCCUCCGGUUAUCUAUCAAGAUCCAUUUUACAGCAACGAACAGGAUGUUCCUGAGCGUGUGUGGGAAUGGGCGGGCAGAGAGUUCAAGCUCGAGAGUCUAUCAGUGCCCUUUCUUCCUGAAUUUGACCCGACUGGAUCUUGCGAUGCAAACUUCGGAGUGAAGAACGCCAAGUUACCAGAUAGAAUCAAGGAGGAGGAGCGAUACCAGAGUAAGCGACGCACAUGCAGCUAUAAGAGCUGGGCGAUUGCAGAUCCGCCACCAACCUUUGAGGAAGUUGAGCGCUGGGCUCUCGAACAAGAAACGACUGAUCUAUCAGACGAGUCGAAGCAUAUUUCCCUCCCGCGGCAAGCCUCCAGCGCACGGGACAAGGGAAAGUCCUGCCAAAUUGAUGGACCAACGCAGAAGAACAAGCAUGGUUUCAAGUACACGCAACCUCAAAAGUCGACCAGUAUCAAGCAUGAAGCGCAGGGCAUGAGCAUCAUGAGUCUCGAGAUUCAUGUUAAUACAAGGAACAAUUUGUCGCCUAAUCCGGAAGAGGAUGAAGUACAGUGCCUGUUUUGGUGUCUGCAAUCUGAUGAUGAAAGUGUUGAAAACAACGGCAAUGCUGAAGGCACACAUGUCGGGAUUGUGGUAGUCUCUGAGGAUGGAGCCAAGUCCACAAGCAUUGCCAACCAGACUGCCGUGGAGGUUCGAGCCGAGAGCUCAGAGCUCGACCUAAUAGUUCGGAUGGUUGAGAUUGUCCGGACCCAUGAUCCCGAUGUCCUCACUGGAUAUGAGGUUCAUGGCAGUUCGUGGGGAUAUCUCAUCGAACGAGCUCGCUUGAAAUAUGAGUACAACCUAUGCGACGAAUUUUCACGCAUGAAGGUUCAAUCCCAUGGGAGAUUCGGCAAGGAAAGUGACAUGUGGGGUUUCAAACAUACCUCCUCGAUCCGUGUCACUGGGAGGCAUAUGAUUAAUAUCUGGCGAGCUAUGAGGGGUGAGCUGAAUCUGCUCCAGUACACGAUGGAGAAUGUUGUUUUCCAUGUAUUGCACCGUCGAAUACCUCAUUACCCCUGGGCUGAUUUAACGGCUCUUUAUACAAACGGCAGGUAUCGAGACCUGGCGAAAGUCAUCGAUUACUAUACAACUCGAGUUCAGUUGGACCUAGAGAUUCUAGAGCAGAACGAACUGAUGGCUAGAACUAGUGAACAAGCUCGACUGCUGGGAGUAGAUUUCUAUUCUGUCUUUUCCCGGGGAUCUCAGUUCAAAGUCGAAUCGCUCAUGUUCCGCAUAGCAAAAGCGGAGAAUUUCAUGCUUGUCUCUCCUAGCAGGAAGCAAGUUGGUGGACAAAACGCUCUUGAAUGCUUGCCUCUAGUUAUGGAACCACAAAGUGCGUUUUAUACAAGCCCGGUAUUAGUCUUGGAUUUUCAAAGCCUGUAUCCGAGUGUUAUGAUUGCUUAUAACUACUGUUACUCGACCUUCCUUGGACGAGUCGUAAAUUGGCGAGGCAUGAACAAAAUGGGCUUUACAGAGUAUACGAGAGAGCAGCGUCUAUUAGAACUAUUGAAAGACCAUAUCAAUAUCGCACCAAACGGCAUGAUGUACACCAAACCGGAGAUACGGAAGUCCCUCCUGGCAAAGAUGCUGUCGGAAAUUCUGGAGACUCGAGUCAUGGUUAAAAGCGGGAUGAAGGCUGAUAAAGACGAUAAAGCACUUCAGCGUGUACUCAAUAACAGACAAUUGGCACUCAAGCUCAUUGCCAAUGUCACGUAUGGCUAUACUUCAGCAAGUUUCUCGGGCCGCAUGCCGUGCUCGGAGAUUGCAGAUAGCAUUGUUCAGACAGGCCGCGAAACUCUAGAGAAAGCUAUUGCGGUCAUACACUCCGUCGAGCGGUGGGGAGCUGAAGUGGUUUAUGGCGAUACGGACAGUCUAUUCAUCCAUCUGAAAGGCCGCACCAGGGAUCAAGCAUUCGAUAUCGGCGAGGAGAUUGCGAAAACAAUCACAAAUAUGAAUCCCCGACCCGUCAAACUCAAAUUCGAAAAAGUCUAUCUGCCAUGCGUCCUACUGGCAAAGAAACGCUAUGUGGGCUUCAAGUACGAGAGCAGGAACCAAGUAGAACCCGAUUUCGACGCCAAAGGCAUAGAGACCGUACGCAGGGAUGGUACACCCGCUGAGCAGAAAAUCGAAGAAACCGCCCUAAAGAUCCUGUUCCGCACUGCCGAUCUCAGCCAAGUGAAGAGCUAUUUCCAAAAGCAAUGCGAGAAAAUCAUGAAGGGAUCAAUUUCCAUCCAGGACUUCUGCUUUGCAAAGGAAGUUAAGCUCGGGAAGUACAGUGAGCGGAGACCACCUCCCCCAGGUGCGAUGAUCAGUACGAAGCGCAUGCUGGAGGAUGCCCGGGCUGAACCUCACUAUGGCGAACGUGUGCCAUAUGUUGUCAUUACAGGCGCACCGGGUUCGAGGUUGGUGGAUCGAUGUGUGCCUCCUGAAGAACUCCUCGAAAACGACCAUCUUGAGCUCGAUGCAGACUAUUACAUUUCUAAGAACCUUAUUCCACCUCUAGAGCGCAUCUUCAACGUCGCAGGCGCAAAUGUACGGAAUUGGUACGAUGAAAUGCCAAAAUACCAGCGCGUUCGCCGCGUAGACGCCAAUCCGCAACUUCACGGGGCCUCGUCCAAGGAACUUGGGGUCAUCAACAACAAGAAAACCCUUGAAUCCUACAUGAAAGCAUCCUCCUGCUUGGUAUGCAGAGACAAACUCGAAUCAAACCCCAGUAGCCCAAUUUGCCCCAGAUGUCUAGGUGAUAAGCCCCGAUCGAUUCUAGCACUGAGGACGAGGCUCAACAGCGCGGAGAGGGAAUUCUUGGAUGUGGAUAAAGUAUGCCAAAGCUGUUCGCGGCUGAGUCCACUAGAUGAUGUUAGGUGCGACAGUAAGGAUUGUCCGGUUUUUUAUACGAGGGUGAGGCAGAGGACCAGGUUGAGGAUGGAGAGGAGUGUUGUCGAGCCUGCUAUUGAGGAUUUGGAGAAGUUGGGGCUGGAGUGGUAG